UGUUGCACGCGGCCGCCAGGCGGAGGUUUGGACCGCGCAUCUAGGCGGCGGCGGCCGAGGUCUGGCCGGGCGGCGCAACCGGCGCAACCCGCCGCCACCGAGGUGGUGAUGGGCAAGGAAGAGGAGAUUGCGCGGAUCGCCCGGAGGCUGGACAAGAUGGUGACCAGGAAGAGCGCGGAGGGAGCCAUGGAUUUGCUUCGGGAGCUGAAGUCCAUGCCUGUUACAUUACACCUGCUCCAGUCCACCCGUGUUGGGAUGUCUGUCAAUGCCCUGCGGAAGCAGAGCUCAGAUGAGGAGCUCAUUGCACUGGCCAAGUCCCUCAUCAAGUCCUGGAAGAAGCUCUUGGAUGUUUCUGAUGGCAAGACCAGGGAUCAAGGGAGGGGCACACCUCUGCCCACAUCAUCCUCAAAGGAUACCUCAGGGACUACGGAUCUCAGGCUUUGUCUCUCUAGCUACAAGAAGCCAGACCCACCUAGGACCUUAUCCACUCCGAGGAUCACCACAUUUCCCCCAGUGCCCAUCACCUGUGAUGCUGUACGAAACAAAUGCCGUGAAAUGCUGACUUUGGCCCUGCAAACAGACCAUGACUAUGUGGCCGUUGGUGUAGACUGUGAGCAUCUGUCAGCUCAGAUCGAGGAGUGCAUCUUCCUGGAUGUGGGAAACACAGACAUGAAGUACAAGAACCGCGUGCGGAGCCGGAUCUCCAACCUGAAAGAUGCCAAGAACCCUAGCCUGCGGCGAAAUGUGUUGUGUGGUGCCAUUACACCCCAGCAGAUAGCUGUGAUGACAUCAGAGGAGAUGGCCAGUGAUGAGCUGAAGGAGAUCCGCAAGGCCAUGACCAAAGAGGCCAUCCGUGAGCAUCAGAUGGCCCGCACAGGUGGCACACAGACUGACCUGUUCACCUGCAGCAAGUGCAGGAAGAAGAACUGCACCUACACGCAGGUGCAGACCCGCAGCUCCGAUGAGCCCAUGACCACUUAUGUUGUCUGCAACGAGUGUGGGAACCGCUGGAAGUUCUGCUGAUCCCUUGUAUUGAUGUGUUGUCCUGGCCAUGGCUAGCAUUGCCCCCUCCUGCAAUGUUCUUGGCGGACACAGCUUCUCUGGAGAUCCCCAGAAGGUGGCAUGUCCUGUCCCAGCCUGCCUGCCUGGUGUGCACCUUUUUGCCCUUUGUCUCUCAUUAUUAAAUGUUUUCUUUUGCCUUUCUCUGGCUUUCCUGGUGGGCUA